GUGUGUGUAUCCCUACUAGUGUGAUGUUUCUAAGCCUAUUCACGUGCGUAGUUUUUGUCGCAUUACCCAUAAGUUUAAUGGUAUAUAAAUGCGGACAAAUCCGAUGGAAGUUGUAGAUCACCAACAGUAUCUGUUCAGUGAAGUUACGUCUCUAACAAACAGCAUCAACAUGAACUCCUUGAUCGUAUUCUGCGUGUUGUCUCUGGCCGCUUUGACCAUCGCGCAUCCUGACGGCGCCACAUACACGGACAAGUAUGACAACGUAGACCUGGACGAGAUCCUCGGCAACCGUCGCCUGAUGGUGCCUUACAUCAAGUGCAUGCUCGACCAGGGCAAGUGUGCCCCUGACGCCAAGGAACUCAAGGAAUGGAAUUCUGAAAUUUCUUUACAGAACACAUCAAGGAAGCUCUCGAGAACGAGUGCGGCAAAUGUACCGAGGCCCAGAAGAAGGGAACCCGCCGCGUCAUCGGUCACCUGAUCAACCACGAGGCUGACUUCUGGAACGAGCUGACUGCCAAGUACGACCCUGAGAGGAAGUACACCACCAAGUACGAGAAGGAGCUCAAAGAAGUCAAGGCUUAAGUGAUCACUGACGACCGUUUAGUUUCAAUUUGAUAUCCAAUAUUGUGAUUUUAGUAUGUAAAUAAAAACGAUUAUCCAAA